AUGUUGGGGGCGCGAGCAUCGCGAUGUACACCAAACACUGCCAAUGCCACGAGACAUGUAUCGCAACUUAGACCAUAUUCUCAAACAACCUCUAGCCCCAAACACCCAAAAGACUCCAAAAAUGACCGCAAAGCCGAACUCUCAAAAGCUAAUACCAAGGAACCUACUGCCAUCCCAAGAGAACCAAAAAGCACAAAUAUAAGCCCCGUCCCAUACACCAGCCAACUUUCCUCCAGAUCCCGUUCUUUCCACCUGGGAAAAGCCGAUCCCAUCCGCGCAACCAGCAUGUCGCAGUUCCUGCGGCAGGCACAAUUCGAACUCAAUGAGCUGCAGGCGCGGCAGCGCGGGCUGCACCAUAGACUGCAAGGACCGUACAACGUGCGUGUCAGCGUCAUGGCGCCUCCUGUGCGACGAGAUCGAGUGGACAUGCGUGACGGGAGCGUGUGGGUGGGUGAUAAGCGGAUCCCGAAUGUGUGGUUGAGGGACAAUUGUCAGUGUGGGACUUGUAUGCAUGGGGAUACGCGACAGCGGUUGGUGGAUUCGUUUGGGAUUCCGGCGGGGAUUGGGAUGGAGAAGUAUGAGAUUGAGGGGGAGGAGGAGGGGGAUGGGGGGAGGAGGUUGAAAGUUACGUGGGAGGAUGGACAUGAGAGUUCUUAUCCUUUUUCGCUGCUGCGCCAGACGCUUAAGACGGAGGCGGCGAAGGUGGUGCAGCGGUUGGGGCUUGUGCCGCUUUCUCUGUGGGAUAAGGGGGUUGCGGCGGAGCCGCCGAUAGUGGACUACAAGGGUGUUAUGAGCGGGGAGAUGGCGGGAUUGCUGAAGCAUCUACGUGAAUAUGGGUUUUGCUAUGUGGAUGGGACGCCGUUUGAGGAUCCGCAGGAUACGAAGGCGUUGUUGGAGAAGAUUGCGUUUAUACGCGAGACGCAUUAUGGUGGGUUCUACGACUUUACGGCUGAUUUGGCGAGUAAGGAUACGGCGUAUACGAAUAUUGCGCUGGAGGCGCAUACGGAUACGACUUACUUUUCUGAUCCAGCGGGACUGCAGGCGUUCCAUUUGCUGUCGCAUACGGAUGGGGAGGGGGGAGCUAGUUUGCUUGUCGACGGGUUCAAGGUUGCUGAAGAACUUCUCAAAACGGACAAGCAGGCGUACGGGAUUCUCGCCACGGUAAAUGUUCAUGGACAUGCGUCAGGGAACGAUGGCAUAUCGAUUCAGCCAUACCGCGGCUUCCCCGUGCUGGAACACGAUAUUGCAACGGGAGAUCUCCUGCGCGUGCGCUGGAACUCUUCUGAUCGCGCGUCGAUUGAGCUCCCCAUCGACCAGGUGGAAACGUGGUACGAUGCUGCAAGGAAGUUUGAUACAUUGCUGAAGAAGAAAGAGAACGAGUACUGGGAGCAAUUGAAGUCAGGACGGGUACUAAUCUUCGAUAACUGGAGAGUGCUACAUGGACGGAGCAGCUUCACUGGGAAGAGAAGGAUCUGUGGUGCGUACAUUGCUCGGGACGACUGGAUUAGUAAAUUCAAAAUGGCCGAGUUUGGACAGAGCAAGGUCUUGGAGGGACUCUCUAUAAACUAG